CUCGCAAACGAUCACUCCUCCACCAGAUUCUUUGGACUCCUCCACCAGAUUCUUUGCAUCUCUGCUGAGACGAAAACACUUUAUCGACGUCUGCCCAGCCACGCAACAAAAUGCUGGCCGCUCUCGCUCCUACUUGCCGCGUCGCUGCGCAACGCACCGCCUCUGCAACCCUCGCUGCAGCUGCCAGGCCAACCCUCAGUCAGCAAGCCCGCACUGCCCUUCCUUUCGCCUCGCGCACCAUCCACUCGACCGUGCCGAGGCUCUCCACACCGCCUGCGAGCGAUGUCGGCGACUACAAAAACAUCAUCGUUUCCCAAGCUGGCAAUGGAGUCACAUUGAUCACCUUGAACAGGCCCAAGGCGCUCAACGCGCUCAACUCCGAACUAUUCACAGAGCUCAACCACGCUACCGCAGCGGCGGAUGAGGAUGCUUCGGUCAAUGCGAUUGUCAUCACAGGAAGCGAGAAGGCCUUUGCUGCUGGAGCAGACAUCAAGGAGAUGAGGAGCAAGGAGUUUGCUGGUGCCUACAAGAGCAACUUUCUUGGGCACUGGACGAAGAUCAGUGAAGUGCGAAAGCCUAUCAUUGCUGCAGUCAGCGGGUUUGCGCUUGGAGGAGGUUGCGAGCUCGCGAUGAUGUGCGACAUCAUCCUCGCAGCUCCCACCGCCAACUUUGGCCAGCCCGAGAUCAAUCUCGGAGUCAUUCCAGGCGCCGGCGGCUCACAAAGGCUCACGAAGGCGCUCGGCAAGUCGCUUUCAAUGGAGCUGGUCUUGACCGGUCGCAACCUUUCUGCUGAUGAAGCUGAAAAGCAUGGCCUUGUCAGCCGUGUCGUGCGCGAAGGAGAUGUGGUCGAAGAAGCGGUCAAGGUGGGCGCGCAGAUCGGAAAGAAGGGUCAGGUGGCUGUUCAGGCUGCCAAAGAGGCGGUCAACGCAUCCUUUGAGCUAUCACUUCACGAGGGUCUCCGAUUCGAGCGUCGGAUCUUCCAGGCCUUGUUCGCGACAAAGGAUCAAAAGGAAGGCAUGAAUGCUUUCGCCGAGAAGCGCAAGGCCCAAUUCUCGAACGAAUAGAGCGGGGAAGACAGCAGCACAUGUCUCGUAGCUUGUCGAGCAGAAGCGAGUUUACAAUUGAAUGUAAAGCGGUUUACGUGACGC